AUGGAUAGGAGCGCUGCCUCAGAAAAACUGCAUCCAAAGUCGGAAAGGAAGCAGUGUGGCUCUAAUAUCCUAGUGGCUCCGCCGUGCUUCCAUCCCAGUGGAAAUAUUGCUUCGAAUUUGUCAGAGAAGCAUUCAACCCAUUUCCCCAUCCACCCUGGUGGAAUAAUCAUUCCCUUGCAACCCACGCUAAAAAGGCAGAUUAAUGAAGUGGCCCACUAUUUUUCUUUUCCUUCAGCGAUGGGAUUGUCCCUGCACGCAAACGUAUCAAUUCACGGAUCAUUGCAAAGCUCACGGCUAGCGGGAGACGGUGGCGACUUACCCCUUCCACUAAUUACGGCGGCUUCGUGGAAUUCACUCUUUUUUGAAUUCAAAGAGCACGAUGGUGUCCCCAAGUUUCAAUCAGCGUGGAUGGAUCCUUCUCGACCUUCUGGCGUAGGGGUUUUGGGGCGACUGGAGUUUCGAAUUGAUUAUAACAUCGCGAGCUGGUAUGAGGCAUGGUUGAUGGCGACGCUUUCUCGUAAAGCUCCGGGGCCCGGGGACGUAGACGAAAGCUUGGAGGAAAUUCACAGGCGAUCGGAAACCGAUUCAUCGUCCUCAAGUGAAUUCUCUCAAUCUACAGCCCCCACUUCCUUGAACACUUCACCGGUGCAACUGGGUUUGAUCAAGAUAUCCAGCACGUUGGAUAGACUACAGCCAUCACUGACUCCACGCGAUGGGUCACCAAGGGCGAUCCGAAGCAGAAGCAUUCAUUUACUAUCGCAAGCAAGGCAAUACAGGAGCCAUCGUCCAGCCGAGUCGCAGUGGAUGAGCAAGAACAGCCUUCUAUCAGUUUGUAGCAACCGGAAUCCGAGCCAAGAUUUCGACCUAUUCAUCAGCCCUCCGACGUCUGAAACGCACUCCAUCUUGAUUGAAACGCCCAGCCGCAAGUCCGUUCCUAGGAUUGAAUAUCAAGACCACGAGAUGCCGAGCGAACAAACGACUCCUCCCAGCGGAACCUUCAUGGAUGAAAUAUCUUCUGAGGAUUCGGACUCCUUUUGCGGGGUAAUCGACAAGGUAGUCAAGAUGACACGCGAAAAUCAUUCAGUAGAUCUGGUUUCUAAUCCAAAUACCAGCAAUCAUAACUCCGAAUCUGAGACAGAUGAGCAGGGGAAGAGCGCUAUGGUGGAAACAGUAGCUUCAAAAGAAACUUCGAUUGAGUUGCAAAGCGCCCCCGUCUCCCCGACGAAGCUUGCAGUAGAGGCAUCUCCUGGGAAAACGGUCGAAAAGUGUGACAAGCGUUCUUCAGGAGUGAACAUAAUUUCUGACUGGAAGAAAUUUUUGUCCAACAUGAGCCCUCCGUCGUCCUCUAAUUCCGCGAUAGCCGAACGCGACCACAACGGCUACAAGCACUUGGGUAAUAGGCCACGUCGUAUACCACAACGACUAAAUUUAUGCCCAGUUAACGAGACCAGCGAUCGUCUACCUGUCAUAUCACCGCCAUCUAGUAUUUCUCCACCAGUUGCUCCAACUUUCAAAACCAGCAAAAUUCAAGAAAGCCUAGAUGCCGAGUUGAAGAAAACUCAGAAGAAGCACCGAAACUCAGAGGUUUAUACUGAAAACACCGGCGUCAGCGAUCCACGAUCUCCUAGAGCUUUUCUUAAUUCGUUACCACCACCGGCCAUCUGGAGUUUGGCAAGUCGGAACAAGAAACCCUGGGCACUAUCGAAAAUGGUUGACAAUAUUCGCUCCGAUUCAGUUAAGAAAAGGCCGAUUUAUCGAGAUGAUGCAAUGCGGAGCGGAUCAUAUUCUGCAAACGAUCUACUUAGCCACAAUAACUCUUUUGCUUCCCUUGAUCAGGCCGGUAAAAGUCCUGGUUCGUCUCGUCAUCCGGACCGGAAAGAAUCUCCUCUUCCGCGCCUUUCAUUCCCCAAAGGAACGAGUUAUUCUUCCGAUUCAAUCAGCAGACUGCCCGUUGUGGCUUCGGGUUCGAACGUCGGUGACCCGGGUGCUCGCCAAGAGGUGCUGGUGCGCGUUUUCAGUCAAUGCAAGAAAGGCAGUUCUGAAUCGAAAAGACUUUCGAAGAUGAUGAUGGACUUGGAUUCCGAUAAAGCUCAUCAUGGAGCUCGUGCGCCCUCUCAAUGGCCUCAAAAGGCCACCUGCUUCCAGAGUUUACUUCCUCUCUCACUCAGCAGAAACUCAUCCGUGUCAUCCCUCCAACCAGUCAUACACAAGGCUAAAAAAGUUGAUAUUACAAACAAUUCUACUUCCCGUCUAACAAUUCUAAAGCCGCCUGCUUGA